AUGUACGUCCUAGUAGUGCCAUGGUCUCGUCGCGCCUACAUCUGCGUGCUGGACAGCGCCCGCGUAAACCAGCUACCUGGUAACUUGAGUGGCCUAUAUACACGUCUGCAUCGGAAAUUGCUUGGUUCUACUUCCACCUGCGAUGAACUGGAUGAACCUACGGAUGCACCAGAUGAUCUAGAUAAACUAGAUUGUGGUGAUCUUUCGGCCAGUGGAGCUGAUCUGAUCGGAUCCCCACCGGACAUUUUGAACUUUGAGACUCGUGUUGAGACUGACUCAUCCCUAGCUCGACGCGUCGUGCAGCGCUGGCUAACCGGCGCGUGUCAGGAGAUGGGUGGAGCUAUCGCCAGUUCCGACGCUCCAGGAGGUGGCGCACCGAUUGUGGUAUUGCUCCACGCCUCUAGCUCUGCUACAACAGAGCUGUUUGAAGAGACUGGAACUGAUGCCCAGGCCAAUGGCAUCUGGCCACUAGGUGAGACGAUGACUAGCCGGAGGCGGACGCCUCUACUUCAGGGCCUUUUUGGUCUGCCAGUAGUUUCAUUGGGUGGCACUGCCGAGGAGUCAGCAUCAUCAUCCUUGGCAGCAGAUGAUCCUGCCUCUGGUGGUGGGUGUUCGGAAGAGACAGAAGACGCCUACAGCCUACUCAACUGGCAGUCUACUAUCGCAAGAAGAGCAAUUAAGUUUUUUCUUCAGGUAUACCUUUUUCCCUUAUACUUUGUGCUUAUUUAUUCCUGA